AUUAACAUACAGAGUUACAGCAGCUAAGUGAUCUAGAUCUUCACUUGAUCCAACAAUGCGGUUCGACGACGCUUUGAAGAAGGUGGGAGAGUUUGGUUUUUACCAGAAACGGCUUUAUUUCAUUAUGUGUUUAGUGGCAAUCACCAACGCCUUGUUUAUGAUGGGACUUAUCUUUCAUCUUUAUACACCUGAACACAGGUGUAAAAUCCCGGAAUUAGUUAAUGACACUUGGGAAAUUCAGAGUCCAGUGCAUGCUGAGUUAAUUAACAUGACUAUACCGCCAUCUGAUAAUCCUUUAUUUGAGUAUGACCGAUGUCAUGUGAUUGACCGGAGUACGCCGGGAAACUUAAGUAAAGCUCGUAAUGUCAGAAAGUGUAGUGAAUGGGUGUAUGAUACCAGCGUUUUCUAUGAGUCGUUUACGUCAAAGCACAACCUAGUGUGUGGCGACAAAUGGAAGACAUCUAUGAUACAGGCGGUGUACUUCUUCGGAGUCCUGUGUGGAGAUCUGGGCUUUGGUAUGAUGUCCGACAUGGUUGGGCGGCGCAGGACGUUUACACUCUGUGCCAUUAUACUGACCGGAGUAGCAUUCGGUGCCUCCUACUCCCCCGAUUUCAUCAGUCUGACGGUCCUGGAAUACCUCUGCGGAGCUGCCAUACAUGGUGCUUUCAUUAUAGCCUGUAUUCUAAGUAUUGAAUUCGUUGGGCCCUCCAAAAGAGUCUAUGUAGGAGUGCCUAUCCAUAUGUUUUUUGCAACGGGCAUUAUCGUAUUGACGGGGUUUGGCUUCUUUCUAAGAAAUUAUCAUCACGUAAUGAUUGCCACAGCGUGCACGUGUAUCAUACAUAUUUUCUAUUGGUGGAUUAUUCCGGAAUCAGCGCGUUGGCUCGUGACGCAGAGACGAUACAAGGAGGCCACAAUCAUCGUUCGCAAAAUAGGUGUAUCCAACAAGAGGCCAGUGCAGGGACAAGAUCUUUUAUUUGAUGACAAGUCCUUGGAGUCGCCAAAAGGCGCCCAGUUAUGGUAUCUGUUUCAACACCGCGUCCUAUGUAUCCGGACAUGCAUCAUCUUUUUUAACUGGAUGAUCAUCAGCAUGAUGUAUUAUGGAGUCACUAUGCACGCUCGAUAUCUCGGAGGGAACUUCUUUCUGAACUUUUUUAUCAUGGCUCUUGUUGAAUAUCCGGCAAACGGUUCAACCAUUUACUUUUUGGAACGAUUCGGGAGGAAAAGGACUCACUGUACUUGCAUGUUAAUAGGCGGCUUCGCUUGUCUGCUGACCAUAUUUACUGUUCUAUACGGUGGACCAGAGUUUGAGCCCGCCACUAUUACGCUUGCAGUCAUAGGGAAGAUGGGAAGCGCAGCGGCGUUUGGAGUCAUUUACACCUAUUCAGAGGAGUUAUUCCCCACUGUAGUGCGAAACGGGGGGAUAGGUGCAAGCUCAUCUGUAGCGAGAAUCGGUGGGAUGUUGGCUCCAUAUGUGGCAAAAUCGGGUGAAGAACUUGGCGGAGAUUUUGGUAAAGCAUUUCCCCUAGUAGUAUUUGGUGGAUUCAGUAUUUUGGCUGGUUGUCUGGCUUUGUUGUUACCUGAAACACUCCAUAAAAAGCUACCAGAAACCAUUAAUGAUGCUGUACAAUUUGGAUCUGAAAAGCAUCCCACAUACGACAUCAUCGAACUAAGUGACAAAGGAAAAGAGGAGAGAGAAUUAUUCGUGGAUAUGGAUGGAGCUAUAUGAAAAUUCUUUCUCUGGGGAAUUAUAUAUGUAUAAUGUACUCAAAUAGUGUAUGCAGGAUAUUUGUUUUAUCAAUAAACAGAAAUAAAUCCACAAA